AUGCCGUUGUACAAGGAAGAGAACUACCUUGUGGUGCACCCCGGGCUGGAGUACACCCUCUUCACCUACGGGCUCCGAGACCUGCUCUCGCCGCCGCAAUACCGGUUACCUCUGGUGGUGUACGCCAAGGGCGAAGGCGAGGCCCGCGAAUUCCACGGGAAACCCGUCGACGGGUUCACCGCCGUCCAUCCCAUUGUCAACGGCAAGCUUGUGGAUGUCGACGCGUUUAACUUCUUCCUCAAAGUCAUUCUCCAAAGUGUGAUCCAGGCCAACCCCAUUGCCACCAUUCUGCUGAUUCCGCUCUUGCUCGUGUUGCCGGGUUUGCUGUGGCCCAAGGCGCUGGUGGAGCUCGUCACUAAAUACGUGGUGGAAACGCUUGAGUUCACUGCGUUUAACGUCAUUGACGUUGCCUUGGCAGCGAUGUUUGGCAUUGGCCUGGCCAACAACGCUUUAGUUAUUAAUGUUGGUAAGAACAACGUGCAAAUUGUCCCCGUCGUCGGCUACCAGGCGAUCCGUUUCGCUUCAAAGUACCUUGUGGGCGUGGGUGGUAACACUAUCAACCAGGAAUUGGCUCGUCUAUUGCCCAACUUGUCGGAGACUCAAGUUGAAGACCUUAAGUGCCUGGGGAUCGUUGAGGCGAUUACUGACGCUCAAGCGGAAGCGUUUUACCAAGCCGCCGAACAAAAGCUCCACCCGGGACGUCCCGACGAGCAGGACGACGACUUUGACGUUGCGAAGAUCGUCACUGAAGAUGGCCUUGAAAACAAUGACACCAAGAAGGUUAACACCGAGCUCGAACAAAACUCGUUUGUUGAUAGAGAUGGCAAGAAGGUCACUGUGGGUAGAGAACGUUUCAGCGCUACUAGCCUGUUAGUGGAUGCGUUGGUGGACCCUAUCUAUGAAAGUCUCGAAAACAUCCCCGACUUGGAGAAGCGCCAAGAGUGUUACGACAGCAUCAUCCUCGUGGGGUCUACCUUUAAGAUUCCGGGACUCAAACAACAAUUGCUCCUCAAGUUGCUGCAGAAAUACUUGGUGACCGAGCCUCAAGACAACGAAAAGAAGCAAAACGCUAUCAACCUGGCUAUCGCUGCCUACCAGCAAACCGACGACGUUGAGGUGACCGACAGUGCUCACUUGGCUCAAGUGCCCCAUCUGAUCCGGUUGGCGAAGUACCCUGAGUACUUCUCUGAGUGGAAAAAGCUUCUGAAGAUCCCUUCGAAGCUGGUGUGGAAUGACGUCUACUUCUUGGGGGCGCAAAUCUACGCCAAGCAAAUCUUCAAUUCUAACUCCAACCACGGCAAGGAGUUAUUUAUUGACACCGAUGUUUAUGAAGAACGCGGCCCCCAGGCGAUUUGGGAUGUCUGUGUGUAA